AUCGACUUUUAUUAUAGCGUGCAUUUGUUUUUACUUUGGAAAGUUGUUUGCUAAUAGAUGGCAGCACGGCAUUUUGACCUACCUGUAAUCACCAUUUUGAAAAACAAACGACAUUAUUUCCGGAAUUACAAAUGACUUUUCUCUCAGGAUAAGAAACAUGUAUUCAGCAAGUGUGGUUUACAAGAAGCUAGAAACAUCAUGGGUGAUUAUCGUGGCCAUGGUAUGUCUAGUAUCGGCCAAUAUACUCAGUAUCGUAAGUUUUACAACGACGGGAUGGCGAGUCACAAGUAUGGAAUUUUCUCCCGAUACAGGUGAAAAUGUCCAACUCUGGGAAGGCUUGUGGCAGGUAUGUCGGACACAUGAUUCGGACCUUCCAUCCUCGUGUAUCUACCAAGACAAAAUAGUUGGAACUGGACUGACUGUGAGGGAGAAAUAUACUCCAACAAAUAGGCAGCCCCCAAUGUGGUUCAGAACCGUGCAAGGAUUUGCUGUUAUUGGCCUUCUGUGUUUAAUUGUAUCAUUCCUCAUAUGUCUGGUCUACAUGUGUCUUGUGAAGACGACAAAGAGGAAAGGUCCAGUUGUUGCCACAGCAAUAUUUUCCAUAUUUGGAGGUGGGGCAUGGGCAUUAGCCAUAGUUAUAUUCGUGACCCAUUUCAGCAAUGACGUCAUGUUCGCAUACAGCCUUCACUAUUCUUUCUUCUUGGCAUGCAUCAGUGUAGGUGCAUCUGUUUGCGGGGCCGUCUUCUCUCUGAUUGAGAUUCGUAACACAGGAGAUGUCAUACCAAAUGUUAUGUAGGCCUAAGUUGGUGGAUUAGGACUUGUAUUUGAACUUUGUAAGAAUACUUGCUGUUGGAACACCUGUAAAUAUGAGCAUCUGAAUAGGAACACUCAUACAGUUAUGUUCAUUAUGGGAACACCUGUAUAUGAACACUCAUAGGGUUGUGUUUACAAUAAUGGGAACACCUGUUAAUGUGAACACUUUGUAUAUUCAUAAUGAGGACAGUUGUGUGGUAUGUUCAUAA